AUGACACCCACAAUACUCUCGUCGCCAUUCCUGAACCUCAAUUCAAUCAAUGCCCUCCUCAAUUCUUCUUCACCUGUAUCGACCGAACAACGUAUUCAACUAUUAUCUGCCAAAGUUCACUUACUAACUCAAUCACUACCUUCGAUCGCACCUUCAAAUAGUUCUAUCACUCCUGCGCAAAAGACUUCGCCAAACCUAAUUGAAAAGGACGACAGACGGCAUUCACAUUCACAUUCACAUUCACAUUCACAUUCACCAAGAGAUGAAAAACUGAUUGUAAUCGAUAGAAUCCGCUUGGAGAUCGGUCAGGCGUACUUGGAAUUGAAAAUACCAGAUUAUGUAAAAGCAGAGACGGAAUUGUCGAUAGUAGAGAAAGACUGUAAAUUGUUAUUAAAACGUUUAGGGAAAAGAGAAUCAAUUUUUGGGCAGAAUGCUAUGGAACGCAAAGACACAGAUUUGCACUGGUUUGAAGAAAUCAAACGCUUACGACAAGAUGCGCUGAAAGAGCUGAUACUGAUUGAAGAAGGGUUAGGAAGGGAAGCGAAAGCUGAGAGAUGGAGAAAAGCAGUGAUGGAACUAGAAGAUGGCGGAGAUACCUGA